GACAUUUUUCUCCAAGACCAGCCCUCGAUACCCUCAGCCGUCGCAAGGCAACCUCCAGCCGCCAGGGGCCGCAGUCGCGCUCCUCGCGGCCGGAAGAGAGUGCGGCCGGGCGCAGCCUCGGCGUUUCCGCCAUGCGUCUGCAGUGCUCCGCGCGCUCUUGACGUCCGGAGCCCCUGGAGUAGGCGCUUCCGGCCAUUCAUACUGCAGUCGGUCAGUGUUCGGUUGAAGGAUUCUGUGUGCUGUCGGACCCAGAGGGUGACGGCGCCGCUAGGAUGAAGCUCGUGAGAUUUUUGAUGAAAUUGAGUCAUGAAACUGUAACCAUUGAAUUGAAGAACGGAACACAGGUCCAUGGAACAAUCACAGGUGUGGAUGUCAGCAUGAAUACACAUCUUAAAGCUGUGAAAAUGACCCUGAAGAACAGAGAACCUGUACAGCUGGAAACGCUGAGUAUUCGAGGAAAUAACAUUCGGUAUUUUAUUCUACCGGACAGUUUACCUCUGGAUACACUACUUGUGGAUGUUGAACCUAAGGUGAAAUCUAAGAAAAGGGAAGCUGUUGCAGGAAGAGGCAGAGGCAGAGGAAGAGGAAGAGGACGUGGCCGUGGCAGAGGAAGAGGGGGUCCUAGGCGAUAAUGUCUCUCAAGAUUUCAAAGUCAUACGAGAUUUGGGAUAUUUUUUGUACAGGUUGUGUUUGUUUAUGUCAGUUUUUAAUAAACAUAAAUGUGGGACA